AUGGCUCAAGAUAUUGAGGCCGGUCAGAACGGCGGCACUUGGAAUCGAGAUCCUGGCGAUCUCGAAAUCAGUAUCGAAGGAACACUUCCAUCUAGGAUACCACAGCCGAAACUCAACGAAGACGAGCCCAUCACUUCCCUAUAUCUGACCCUCAACACCGUCUUGCCAACACCGCCACUGCCAAAAGAGGCAGGCCUUUCCGAAUCUCAGGAACUCCCACCAUGCCCCGACCUUAGGCCAUACGCAUCACCUUUUACGUUACCGGCAGCACGAAAGAACAUUCUGCUUGCGUUGUCAUGUAUUGCUACAAUGUUUACAGCAUAUACUGCGGGAGCCUACUCCCCUCCGUCAGCCGCAAUGGCCAAGGAUCUAGGGGCAUCACAUCUGGCCGUUCUUGUUGGAAUCACAACUUUCUGCAUGGGGUUUGCGAUUGCUCCCAUGGUCCUUGCCCCGGUAUCUGAGAUUUGGGGUCGACGACCUGUCUUUGUCUUUGCUGGGUUUGUCUAUGUCAUCUUUCAGGCUGUCUGCUCUGUGAUGCCAAACCUUGCUGGGAUGCUGAUCGCUCGUUUCUUUGUCGGGGUCGGAGGCUCCGUGUUCAGCUCGGUCGUUGGAGGAGUCCUCGCUGAUCUUUGGGAGAAGGAAGAAAGAAACACCCCCAUGGCGCUGUUCAGCGGAUCAGUUCUAUUCGGAACUGGUGCUGGACCGUUGGUUUCGGCUGCCUUUGUGAAGGGGCUGACUGAUGAUACCUUAGCAUGGAAGUGGUCAUUCUGGCAUCAGGUCAUCAUGGAUGGUCUGUUGCUGAUUGCCAUUCUGUUUCUCUUCGAGGAGACUCGAGGGUCUGUGUUAUUGUCGAGAAAGGCCAAGAAGCUGAACGAGUGGUAUGAAGAGUUGGAAAAGGCUGGCGCCUAUGGAGUCUGGGUUACCAGCACCCCAGAAGAGACAAGCGCCAGCUCAUCCACGUCGACCAUCAAGACCAGCCCUGGCCAUCACACGGAACUCGAGUACAACGGCAUCCAGUCCAGGGAACGACGCCUGCAACGAGUUCGAUGGCUCGUGGCCGCAGACGAGCAGCGACCCCCUUUGGGCCAGAUGAUUGCAACGUCGGUGAAGCGACCUUUUUACCUCUUGUUCACAGAGCCUGUCGUCUUCUGCUUCUCCCUCUGGGCUGCCUUUUCAUGGGGCGUUCUCUACUUGUCCUUUGCCGUUGUGCCAUACCUGUACGCUGCAAACUUUGACAUGUCGAGUCGUGUCUACAUUGCCAUGAUGGCGUCAGCGAUCAUCGCGACCGUGGUUGGCAUUCUUCAGGAGAACUUGAUGAAGCAUCCUCUAUGGCAAGGACAGGACGAUGAAAAGUCCGUGUCGCAGUUUUGGCUGUUUAUCAGGAAGCAUUUCCCAGCGGAUGCUCCAGAGGCGCGAUUGUACUUUGCUUGCAUCACGUCUCUACUGCUUCCUGCCGGGCUGUUUGCCGCCUUCUUGAGCCCGACGAGUACAAGCCACUACUCGAUUGCCAUUGGAAUUGGCCUUGCUAAUUGGGGCAUUUACUCGGUGUAUCUGGCCACGUUUAACUAUCUGGCUGAUACGUAUCACCUUUACGCCUCCUCGGCGCUGGCUGCUCAGAGUUUCUGCCGCAACGUGCUCGGCGGGGCGUUCCCGGUGAUUACUGGCAUCAUGUUUGGUAAUCUCGGGCUGAAGAAUGCUGGCUGUGUUCUGGGUGGCAUUGCCAGCGGAUUGACGCUCAUCCCUUGGGUGUUGGUGCUGUUUGGAGAGAGGAUCCGAUCGAGGAGUAGCUUUGCGAUUUCUCUGCAGAAACAAUAA